AUGGAUAAGAAAGAACAUAUUGAGCAUAGUAAAAGUAAUAAGGACAGCAAUGAUGGUAAUAAAAAGAUAAUUAUCAAAGAUAUCUAUUAUGAUUAUUUUAACAAUAAGAAUACAACCUCCCCUUUUCUAAAUGAUUUAAAUAAAAAGAAUAAUUCUUGUUAUUGUAUUUAUAAUAAUAAAAACAAUCAUCAUAAAAAAAUCAAAAAUAUGGAUAAUCACUAUAAAUGUAUGUCACUACAAAAAUAUGAAAUAAAUAAAUCAUCAAAAUAUAUGAAUAAAAAAUUGUUAAAUAGAACAAAAAGAAACAUCAAUUAUUCAUUAGAUAGACAUUACUCUACUCUCAUAAUAUAUUAUAGAAUAAAAAAAAUAAUGAAAUAUAUUACAAAAUUGAUAUAUUUAAUUCAUUUUUAUAUUUUAAGAAAAAAAUAUAAAAGAAAUAUUAGUUUAUUACUCUGUAGUGAUAAUUACAAAGAACAUAAUAAAGAAAAAAAGAAAAUGAAACAUAAAAAAAAAAAAGAUGAAUAUUUAUGUUUAUGUGAAUUAUCAGAAUUUAUAUUAAUAAGUAAUAGGUUGAUCAAUAUUAAUUACUUAAAAAAGAAGAAAAAAAAAAAUCAAACAAAAUGCUAUUAUAAUAAUUGUAUUAAACAAACUCAUAUAAAACUCUCAAAAAUCUUGAAUAUUAAUUUUAUAAAAAAGUACAUAAGAAUUGUGAAAAUGAUGAAAAAAAAAAGAAUAAGAAAUCAUAUAAUGAAAAAAACAUAUGUUUCAAAUAUUUAUCAUAGUAAAAUUACUAAAAUUAUAAAAAAUAUAAUUAUAAGAAGUAAAUAUAAAAAGUAUCUGAAUUUUGUAAAUAACAAAUAUAUAGAGAAUAGAAAAAACAUAUUUUGUAACAAUGAAAAAAUGAGAAGAUUUAAUAGAUGUAUUAAUUGCAAUACUUAUUAUAAAAAAAAAAGAAACGAUCAUUACAAUAAAAACAACAAUUGUGAAAUGAGUAACAAUAUCAUAGAUAGCAAUAACAACAUUUAUAAUAAAAAUAAAAAGAAUGUUAGUAGCAAUAACAAGAGAUGUAACAAAAUCUGUAUAAAGUAUCAUAAAAUAUGCUAUUUUUAUAAUAAAAUUUAUUUAUAUAUUAAUAAUAUUAAUAAAGAAACUAAAAAUCAACAGGGUUUAAAUUAUUUUUCAUAUAUAAGAAAUCAUAAAAAUAUUAAUUUAAGUAGUACACUUACAAACUAUAAAAAUGAAAUAAAUAUUAACUCUUUUAAUUUAAGUGAGGAGACUGGUAUAAAAAUAUCGUUAAAUCGUAAAGAAGAUACAUAUGAUUUAAAUGAAAAAAUUAAAAAAGAAAAUAUAGAAAAAAAAAUAUAUAUAUAUGAAAAUAUUAAUAAUAAACAGCAGUUAAAAAAAAAAAAAAGGAAAAAAAGAAAAGAAAAAGGAAAAAAAUAUGUAAAGUAUAUAAAGAAAAAUAAAAAUUAUUCAAGUGAAAAAAAAAAAAAGAAAAGGAAGAAAAAUAAAAAAAAUAAAUUUCCAAAAAAAGUCCAUAAAAAUUAUUUAAGUAUAAAAAAUAAAAUCAAGGUUGAACAAACAAUAAAAAAUUAUGAAAAAAAUUUUGAUUUAAAAAUUAAAAGUAAAGAAAUAGAAAAAAUUGAUAAUAUAGAAAAUGAAAAGAGUGUUAAUAAAGAAAGGGAAAUAUAUAAUAAAAUAGAAAAAAGAAGUCUUGAUAACUUAGAAUAUAAAAAUAGUAAAGUAGAAAAUGAAAAAUAUGAAAAUAGAGAUAUUGAAUGUCUUGAUAAUAUAAAAAAAAAAUAUAAUAAAAAAGAAAAAAGAAGUCUUGAUAUGUUUAAAAAAGAACAUAAUGUAAUACAAUAUGAAAAAGAAAAAUGUAAUGAAAAAAUUGAAAAAUAUUUAGAUAAAGAUUUUUAUUUUAAAAAUGAUGUUGUAAACGUAGAACAAGUAGAAAUAAACGAAGAAAAGAGCAAUGAAAAUAAUGAGCAAUGUAAAAAAAACUCAAAUAAUGAAGAUGACGAAAAAAAUGAAACUUUUAAUGAAACAUUAAAAUUGUUAGAUUCUCCUAAAGAAAAUAAUCUAUUACUGAUUGAUAAUCAUAAUAUGUUAAUGAAAGAUUCUGAUAUAAAGAUAAGAGAAAAAAAAUUUAUGGAAUGUUUGCAAAAUUGUGAAUAUAUUAAAAACAAUUAUAAAAUGAUUAAAUUAUUAAGAGAUAAUUCUCCCAAUUUUGUUUAUGAAUGUUUUGAUAUAAACAAAAAAAUUAAUGUAGCUAUUAAAAGUGUAUGUAAAGAAAAACAAAUGUCUAUUAUGAGUUAUAAUACUUAUAUAAACAUAUAUAAAACUAUUCAAAAUAUGAAUAAUAGCAAUGUUAUAAAAAUAUAUGAUUUAAUAGAAAAUCAGACUCAUUUUUUUAUUAUAAUGGAGUUGUGUGAAGGAUGUGAUUUAGUAGAAUAUGUAUCCAAUGAAAAAAUAUCUUUUGAAAAAGCUAAAAAUAUUAUUUAUCAAUUAUUAAAUGGAAUCAAUGCAUUGCAUCUGAAUUCGAUAAUUCAUAGAGAUAUUAAACUAGAUAACUUGAUGUUUAAAGAUAAAAAUAGGGAACACCUUGUUAUAAUUGAUUUUGAUAUGAGUGUGUAUAUUGAUAAUGAAUAUGAAACUCAAGGAUGGCAAAAAAAUAAUUUUUAUGAAAGUGAAACAAAAGAUGUAUUUUGUGAAAAUGAAUUUGAUAUAAAUGAUUCUGAUAAAAAUGAACACGAUGCAAAUCACUUCGAUAUAAAUCAAUUUGAAAAAAAUAAUUAUAAUGAAAAUGAGUUAAAUAAAACCCACUUUCAUACUAGCAUGUUUAAUUCUGAUAAUCUUUACACAAAUAAACUUUAUGAAAAUAAUGAAGAAAAAAACAAUUUAAUCAAUUAUAUUCCACAUAUGAAUAAUUAUACAAGUAUAGAAAAAAAAAAUGUAACUAGAUCCUUAAAUUAUGAAUAUAUGCAUUCUAUUGAAAAUAGUUUAUCUGCUUUCACUGAUAAUACUGAGAAAACAUAUAUAAAUGAAGAUGAAAAAAUUAUAUAUAAUGAUUUAAUUAUAGGAACAAAAGAAUAUAUGUCUCCUUAUUGUUUGAAAGGAAUUUAUAGUGAAAAAACAGAUAUUUAUAGUAUAGGAGUUACUAUUUUUAUAAUUCUUUUUAAAAAUUUUCCAUAUUUUUUUGAAGAAAAUUCAGUAAAUAAAUGGGAAAAUGAUGUAAUUAAAAAAAAUGAGAAUAUUGUUAUACCAUUCUCUUUCUUGUUUCAUAAUUUAAACUCUUGUCAUUUUAUUAAAUUAAUGGAUAUACAUUUAAUAAAUAAUAAUAUCUAUUUUUGUAAAAAUAGUUACUUAUUAGAUCAUGAAUUAAAAGAAAUAGAAAAAAUGGAAAAUAUAAAAAUUGAUUUUACUCAAAUAAAAAUAAAUGUUAAAAAUAUAUAUUUAAUUGAAAUAAUGAAAAAGGCUUUAUCACUUGAUAUAGAACAACAAUAUAGUAAUGUUUCCGAAAUUCUGGAAAAUAGUUUGUUUUGUUAA